AUGCACAACCACCAGUACCCCUCCGACAAGUCGCUCUCCAACAUAUUCGAGAGCGCCGGCUCCCCAUCCCCGGUCUUGCCGGUCGACCCAGCGCCGGCAUACUCUGCUCUCCCCGACAGGGGGACCGAGUUUUUCCUUGCCCCCAUUCUCAAUGGCAAAGUAGGUGACAUUGAGCUUGAGACGGUGGAUGGCAAGCGGUUCUUGGUCCACAAAAAGGUGUUGGAGCAAGAGACGGUCUUCUUCCACAUCUACUAUGGCUUCGUUCCUGUUUGGCGCUUGAGUGGUCAGCCUCAAGCCGCAUCUGUGGAUCAUGCUCCUGGUGCCCAUCGUCCCCGGGAGAAUGCCGCCUCUCCCCUAAGCAGCUUCCUUUGUCUCCCAAAGUUGCUUGCCUCGCAUCUCUCGCGAUCGCCAGCAGCCGCCAACCUGCUCGCGCAGCACCAUAUGGCACAAGUCCGCACCGAGCCGUCAGGGAUCCCAAGCUCGCCCCCACCAGCGUUCGAUGACAUUCCUCCUCCCCCUCCUCCCCCAAAAGACAUUACCGCGCCUACCCCUACUGCCUCCCCGUACACUUGGGCCGUUCCGGAAACGUCCCUCAUCCUCACUGCCUUCCUGUCUCUCAUCUACCCUCCCGGCGUCAUCUCCCCUUCUCCCACCUCACUUCUCACUUCCCUCGAUAUGACAGGCCGGGUCGUCCGCGCCGCCCUCGGAUACCAGAGUGCCAAAGCUCUGAGUAUGGCAAGGGACACGAUGGCUGACUGGGUGGACAGUGACCCGGUACAUGUCUAUUCCAUGGCCAGCUUCUUCAAGUUUGGUGAUCUCGCCAAACUGGCGAGCACAAGGGCUGUGGGCAUUGCGUCGGAAGAUUGGCCGGAGGAUGCAAAGGUGCUGAUGGGACGGACGGCUGCGGGCAGGCUGCUUGGCUUGCAACAUUCGCGAAAGACGGGACUGAAAGAGAUUCUCUCCAAACCCAUGGAAGAAGAUGAUCAUUGCUGCUCUUGCGUUCGCUACCCUAUGGCACGCGAUGUCUGGCAGCGCAUGACUGAGCAACUGGCUACCCGGGUGGCAGCAGACAGCGAUCUGAUAGAGUUGCUGAACGUGGAUCUGAGAGGAGGUCAUUGUGGAGAGUGUUUGGUGCUGCUGGGAAGGAGUGUGCAGAGGUGUCUGUAUGAGGCCAAGGAUCUACCCAGGAUGGUCUGA